UCCAGUGAGAGCUCGGGGUCCGGGAGGCUGCUGCUGCUGCUGCUGCUGCAGGGGGGAGGGGAAAGAGCCGAGCCGGAGAGAGUCCCGGUCCUGCUGGUGCCUGGUGCAAGGGCAGCAGUAGCGGUAGUGUGCGAGCGGGGAAGGAAAGGCGCCAGGAGAGACCUUGCAACUCGCACGCUGGGCUCCACCUUGUGACUCCCGAGGGCUCGUGUGGCGGGGCAGGGAAGGGGCUGGCACACACAAAGAAAUCGCUCUAAGCCCGGCAUGGUGCAGCAAGCGGAAAGUACGGAGACUGAAAGCAACCUGCCCAGGGAGGCGAUGGACACCGAAGAGGGCGAGUUUAUGGCAUGCAGCCCAGUCGCUUUGGAUGAGAGCGACCCGGACUGGUGCAAAACGGCUUCAGGGCACAUUAAGAGACCGAUGAACGCGUUUAUGGUGUGGUCUAAAAUCGAGAGGAGAAAAAUCAUGGAGCAGUCUCCGGACAUGCACAACGCGGAGAUCUCCAAGCGCCUGGGCAAGCGGUGGAAAAUGCUGAAGGACAGCGAGAAGAUCCCCUUCAUCCGGGAGGCAGAGAGACUGAGGCUCAAACACAUGGCCGAUUACCCCGACUACAAAUACAGACCCAGGAAAAAGCCCAAAAUGGAUCCAUCAGCCAAGCCCAGUGCCAGCCAGAGCCCGGAGAAAAACGCACCCACCACCAGCAGCAGCAGCAGCAAAAGCGCCAAGAGCUCCAGUAAGAAAUGUAGCAAGCUGAAGUCAUCCUCCUCCUCUCCCGCCAAGACCGGGGCUAAAGCCACCCACCCCGGGGACUACGCGGGGGAGGACUAUGUCUACGGCACCCUGAAAGUGAGCAGCAAAACCGUCAAGUGCGUCUUCAUGGACGAAGAUGAUGAAGAGGAGGAGGAGGACGACGAGCUGCAGCUCAGGAUCAAGCAAGAGGCGGACGAGGACGAGGACGAGGAAGACGAGCAGCGGCAGCAGCAGAGGCGAUAUAAUGUAGCCAAAGUCCCGGCUAGUCCCACCUUGAGCUCUUCGGCAGAGUCCACCGAGGGGGCCAGCCUGUACGAAGAGGUGAGGGGCAGCGCAGCCUCGCACGGCAGCAGCGGCAGCAAUAGACUGUACUACAACUUCAAGAACAUCACCAAGCAGAGCACCCAGCAGCAGCUCAGCCUGUCCCCGGCUUCCUCCAGGUCCAUCUCCACCUCCUCCUCCAGCAGCGAAGAGACGGACGACCUGAUGUUCGAUUUGAGCUUGAAUUUCUCCCAGCACCCUCACGCCGCCUCGGAGGUGGGAGUGAGCUCCGCUUCGGGGAACCUGUCUCUGUCCCUGGUGGAUAAAGAUUUGGAUUCGUUCAGCGAGGGCAGCUUGGGCUCUCACUUCGAGUUCCCCGAUUACUGCACCCCGGAGCUGAGCGAAAUGAUUGCAGGGGACUGGCUGGAAGCGAACUUUUCCGACUUGGUCUUCACUUACUGAGCCGCUGGAAGGCGUGUCGCUGAUGAGAACAACGGUGCAGAGAAAUCGGAAAGGAAAGAUGAUGCUGGUGAUGAUGUGAUGGAAGUGGUGGAGUAAAAAAUGAAAUAAUAAAAUGUCUUUUCUUUUUAAAAAAAAAAGUCUCAAAAGUUAGUUCCAAACCGAGCCCGGAGUUAUGUUUUUUGUUUUGUUUUGUUUUUUAAUUUGGUGAUCGCAACAACAACAAAAAGGCAUGGGGGACUGGGGGAAAAAUGAUUCAGAAGUCGAUGUUCGAAGCUUGUCGGUCUGUGAUUGAAGUCUGGAAGAUGGUCUGCAAAAAAGUCUUUUGGCAGCACAACUGUUACUCAAGGGGGUUUGUGGAUUUUUUUCCCGUGAGAGAUCUUAAAAGAACUGUUCUGAUUUUUUUUUUUUCUGAAAGGGACCAUUGCAACUUUUUUUGGAGGGAGAAAACUGAUGUCUUCUAUGCAUCCGAUUCUUAACAAAGCUGCAGGGAGCUUGAAAAAAUGCAGACUGUACAAACGCUUACAAAAAGAAAAUAAAAACUGUGAACUGACUUAAGAUCAGAGUUUACUUUUCAGAUCAAAUUGUCUAUGGUUUUACAAAUGUGAUUUCUACUUGCCAACUUUUUUUUUGUAACUUGUUCCCUUAUACCUCCUUGAUUGAAUACCAGACAGCCUAGACCUCAGUACAAAAAGGUAUUGAAACAUUUUUGAUACAUAACAGACCUCAGUCUUUUUUAAAAAUUAAUAUAUUUUCAGGCGUAUUUUUGUACAGUGAAAAGGGAACAUUCUUGCUGUGUUUUUUCAGUAAGACUUUUCAGGCACUUCUUCCCUUUUAUUUUUUUUUCUUUUCUGUUUUUAGCAUGCAAGUUUGUUGGUACGUUACGUCCUGGUUUUAAAAGGAUUAAAAUUUUAAAAAUAAUCCUUGCAUCUAAAGGCCUUGUGGUUUAAAACAAAAAAAGAAACUUUUUUGUACAGCUAUAGUUCAGAUUUGUUCAAUAUUUGUAGGUAAAGAUUUAUUGAAAAUGGUGAUAUAGACCUCAGAGCUGUUAUCUUAGUUUAAAAGAUUGUAUAUGUACUGUACUAUAGUAGGACUUUAUGUAUCUCAUACGCUGUGAUAUGUGGAUGGGGCCCCAGAUGGAAGGUAUGAAACUGGAUUCUCGAUUUUUAGCAAAAAAAGGCACAUAGUUAAAAAAAAGUUUCUCAUUUUGUGCAAUAUAAUCUAAAGUACAGACCAUCUGCAUAUUUUGUAGCAAAUGAUGGCAAAAGCAGACUUGUGCACUGUCAACAUCAUUGCCUUUUUUUUAUGCUGAAAGUCUGUAUCUUGACAAUUUUAAUAAAUCAGCUGGAACUGAUAGAAACUCGUAUCGCUAUUAGUGUCUGUAGAAGUAACGCUGGCGAUGCCCUGGCCCACGCCCCACCUGCGGAGCUGUAGGCGGCUCUCUGCAUGUAGCCAGAAGGGAGAAUGUUAGACAGCUUUUUAUUCCACAAACGUGUGAAAUCGCUGAUUUUACCCGGCCCCCCACCCGGCUUUCAGCGCCCAGCUAGUCUAGAAGGGGAGACCCCCGGGGUGGCUGGCCCCCAGGAGUCCAUAGAAAGAUGGCGGAGAGGGUCUCCGAGAAUGUGAUUCCAGACACGCUUUAGUGCUAGGUUCUGUGCCCGGUUACCUGCCUUCUGUCAUUGCUGCAUCGCCCCUCGGCGGCGUGGGGGGAUCGCAGCUGUGUGUGGCUGGCGGACGGGCCCUUUACUGGGCGGGGGGGGUCUAGUUCUCGCCCCAUCUCCGAGGGGGACGGGGGUAGGAACACCUUUCAGGCCGAGAUGCGUGCGCGUGGGAGGCGGGGAUGCUCUGGCUCCCUCCCCCCAAGUGUGCUAGCUCGCUCCCUGCUCGGGGUCUGCGCUGGCUCCCGGGGUCCCCUCCACGUGGGCUCUGCUAUGCGGCGGGUUAGGCAGGCUGUGCGCGGAGGGGGUGUGUCCGGCCAUGUGCGGCUAGCAAGGGCUGGCGGCGGCGUUGGUUAUUUUUAGCAGCUUCUCUCGCCGCCAGUCAGUCUUAAAUGGG